GCGUUGCGCAGUCCCCUCUACAGGAACUUGGGAAAUCUAUACUGCAAGGGAUGGAAGCUCCCAGCACACAGUGGCACCUUUAGCCCAUACCUCACACGUUCCGUUUGGAUUACCUUAGACCGCGCUACCAUGGCGACGUCACGCAAAUACACCGUGCCUUCUGGGUGCUGUCGAGGAGCUCAACGUGACGCUGGCCGUUGAUGAGCGAAUCUCGGGUCUGUAGGGACCCCGCGCUGUCGGGCCACGAUGCCCUGCUCACCGGACCCCGAGGGCUCGUAGGGAUCGGCAGGCGUUCUGGAGCUUCUCUAACGUGCGGAACAUAAAUGUCUCAAUCUGAAAACAGGAGAGCGUUCCCAUCCGUGCAGUCGGCGACAUUUGGGCCGAAUUUGCACCGAAGGCAACUGAUCCAGAUGACUGACUGCCGCUCUUUCUCGGGACGCGCAUAUUUUCCCGGCUCGUUACGCGUUUACGCAGCAGUGUCGGGGGGCCGUCCGGGGCGGGCUCGGGGCUGCGUUCGCAAAGCGGAACCCCGCUCGUUUCCCUCCCCAAAGGGAGCUGAAGUUCACCGCACCCCGGCGAGGCUAAACUAGCCGCGCCGCACCCUCCCGAGUUACCGUGUCCCGCGAUUCCGUUUACCGCACGCGGAGGGGAAGAGUCCCGGUACGGCCGAGCCCGAACGUGGCUCGGCCCUCCACCCGUCGUCCCGCGGCGGACCUGCCGCACCCGCGCCGCUCGGGUCGGGCCUCCUCCUGCCUACCUGUCCUCCCAGGCUCUGAGGCUGGGAUGUCGCUGUGCGGUGAUUUACCCUGCUCCAAGCGCCGCUGCUGCCUGUUAUUACUCAGUCGAACCUCUUGUGAACCCGCAGUAAGAGUCUUCGAGGAGUGCGAGCGGCGAGCCAGGACAUCUGCAGAUGGGCACGGCGUUCCUUCGCUUGCUUUGCUCGCUGAACGCAUCCUCUUCGAUGUAAGAAAGAGGGGAAAGCAGGAGGUCGGUUGUUCUCGCGCGUGCCGCGCCGGAACCGGACUCCGGCAGGGUUUGCGGCACGCGGCUUCCCGGCGACCCCGUCGCGUUUCGUAACCCCAUCUCUGGCCUCCUUCUCCUCUUUGUUGAGCCCUUUUCGCGUCCUGGAACCGGAGGUGCGUGGAAGGGCUGCUUGCUUGCGUGCGCCCUCCGGCACCCCUCCGUUAGCUGCGUUCCUUCGCUCCGCAGCAGUGCGUACAGGGCUUUUAGUCUAUUUAUACUCGGUCGCUACUGGUUCCGCCGCGGAGCCUCCAGUAAAGCGACACGCCUGAGGCACUUUAAUCCCGCCGAGAUUUUGGCGUCUCUCUUGCGAUCCCGUGGUCCCUGGUUGCCGAACGUACGCGUAUUUGCGGUUAAACCGUGCGGCGGUCCCGGCGGCCAGCCGAGGGAGGGUCGGGUCCCCGUGAGCGUAGCCUCAUCUCGUGCUCUCUAAUCGUCGGUCCCAGAGCCGUCGGCGUGGCCUCGGCCCCUGGGACGGGUCGUCGGACAGGAGACCCGAGCGCCCUUCGGGAGGUGGAACCUUUGAGGGACUGCGUCUCCGCUGUCGUGGUCGUGGCUGGCCCUCGUGGGGGGCAGGAGGGGGAUCGCUUCGGUCCGGGUGGCGUGGCUGCGUAUCAAACUGCGAUGUGCUGGUGUGUGUGGGUUCGUGCGUUUGUGCGUGUGAUCUGUCCCACUUGGACCUCGCUCUUGGCACGCGGGGAGGAGAUGACUCGGCAGCUCCGCUCAGCCCCGCGGUUGAAGAAUGUUCGCCCGGAACCUCGUCCGUCUGAGCGAGGGCGCGAGCCGCAUCUCCGAAGCGCGUUUCCCGUCAUCCUGCGCGGCGCGCGUCCCUCCCCCGGCACGCCUCGCCGCGAACUGCGUUUUUGCCCCAUUAUGGCGCGUCUAGAUUAAUUAAGGCAGCACGAUAUGAGAGAUGCCGAUGGCAGCGGGUGGAUCGGGACGGCCGUCAAUCCGGGCCGGAUCAAUGGAGCUCCUGCCAACAGAGAUGACUGCGGAUAAACAUCGCGUCGGAGAGGCGGCGAGUCGGCGGUGUUGCACAUACGUGGACGAGGCCGUGGUGUUUGCCAGCAACUCCCUCCAGCGGAAGAAGAAGGGGCUCCCGGGCCUGCGCGCGGCUCAGCAGAAGAACAAGGCGCCGCUGCUCAUCGGCCUCCCGCAGGACUUCCGGCAGAUCUCCUCCAUCAUCGACGUGGACAUCCUGCCCGAGACGCACCGGCGCGUGCGGCUUCACAAGCACGGCUCCGACAAGCCGCUGGGCUUCUACAUCCGCGACGGCGUGAGCGUGCGAGUCACGCCGCAGGGUGUGGAGAAGCUGCCCGGCGUCUUCAUCUCCCGUCUGGUGAAAGGAGGCUUGGCCGAGAGCACGGGCCUGCUGGGCGUCAACGACGAGAUCCUGGAGGUGAACGGCAUCGACGUGGCCGGCAAGUCUCUGGACCAGGUGACCGACAUGAUGGUGGCCAACAGCCACAACCUCAUCGUGACGGUGAAGCCGGCCAACCAGCGCAACAACGUGGUGCGCGGCAGCAAGGCGUCGGGCAACAGCUCGGGCUCCGGCCUCUCCCAGGACUCGACCCCCAGCCCCGCCUCGCAGUACGUUAACCACUACGGCAACAGCAGCGUGGCCGAAGGGGACAGCGACGAGGACGGCGACCUCAUCAUCGAGAGCGACAACCUGCCCCCUUACCUGCCCUCCGGCUUCGUCGCCAACGGCGACACGCCGUCGUCGUCGGCGGCGGCGGCGGCGGCGCCGCGGCCGCUCGCCCAGAGCGCCUCGCUGCACAGCGGCUCGCUCUCCGACAGCAAGGCCUCGCUCAGCUCCCUGAACACCCCCACGCACAAUGGCAGCCCCAGCAGGGCCAGCAGCAGCCAGGAGAGCAUGCGCGAGGACGGCAACAUCAUCACGCUGUGACGGCCCCCGGAGGAAGCGGCGGUCCGAGGCUUCGCCGCCGCACGUCGCGCGGGAACCGGAAACGAAGACGAAACCGACGUGAACGAGAGCCUCCCGGCCACGACCGUGUCCAAAUUUUAGAAACGAGUUAAUACCUCAGCGUAACUCUUCGGUUCCGUUACCGAAAACCCUGUUUUGCAGCGCCGGUGGCCGUAUGUCUCGCGGUGUCGCGGCAUCGUCUCCGCAGUCGCGCGGGGACUCCGCUGUCGGGAGCGGGAAGAAGCCGCUCCGGGAGAUCCGCGCAUCCCUCUCUCGACCGGCCGCAGCAUCGCUCGAGGAUUUACCGUCCCCUUCUGUCCCCAAACUGUUUUGGGGAGGAAUGGCGUUGGCAUCGAAUCGGAGCCUGGCUGAGUGCGGACGGAGAUCCUGCCAGACUCUCUCGCGGUGCGGGGUCCCCUCUGCGUGUAAAACAGGGUAACGGUGGGGCAGUAAUGUGUUCUGUUUGGACUGUGAAGGACACAGGCGAUCGUGUCACUUUUUAUAAUCUUGUCUUUUUGACGCCAUCUAAUUUGAAAUCCUUCCCAUUAGGGCCACUGCUGAUGGGCGCCGGUGGUAUGGGAGCUCUGCCACCCCAUAACCGGUUCCGCCGUGUCCUAUGUGCCGGAGGCGCUGUAUUUUAAAGGUUUGUGAAACGAUCAAAAGCUUCUAUUUUUAUUUGUUGGUUUUUGUAAUAAUAAUAAUAAUAAUAAUAAUGGUUAUAUGAGAAUGUAGCAUGAAGGAGUCCGCUUUAGCUCAACUGGAUGUGGGGGCAACGCUGGGGGUGAGAAGACGUAGGAGACGUCCGGCGUACCCCGUGAGACCCCGAUGGGUGCGGUACUCGCUUUGUUCCAGUGCGGCGAGCGGGGCGGGACGCCGGAGGAGAUGGGCCUUCCCGUCGUCUCCGGCUCGACCGAAACGCGCUUCGCGAGGCGAGAGCGACGUUGCCGCGUUCGGGACGCGCUUCGCAUCCGUGGCGUUUGCUUACGGAAAAUGUAACGGUCAAGAUGUUGAAAUGAUAAUGGAGCGAAACGGGAAAGUGAAUCGCAAAAUGUAAUCGCACCCUCGACCCACAUCCACACUUGUUUUAUGAUGUGUGUUUUUUAAAAUCUUAGUCCUCGGUUCACUUCUUUGUUGGUCUUGGGUUAUGUCUGUCUGCUGCCCUCGAAAGCGGAGAAACGAGGUGGAAGCUUCCUGUGGACUCCAGGGUGGAGCCAGUAGCCUUUGAUUGGCACCGCUUUUGAUUUACCUUUAUGCUCCUGUAGCAUUUGACCGCUGACCUGCUACCGCGCCGGCCGGUCGUUUCCUGCGGUCACGGAGCCGCCUCGCUCCUCUCGCCCGCAGCGCUGCCCUCUGUAGGCAGGGGAGGGGAGUGCGGCGCAGGGCGGCGCAGGGCACGUGCUGGGAAUUCACUGCGCUUUUACCACAUCUCUAAAUCCUGAAGAGCAGCGCUUCAGCAGGUCGAGUCUGCCUUGUCCUCCUUCGAGAUGAAAGCGGCUCGAACGCCGAUCCCUCUUUCGGCGUUUACCUGGCCGACGUCUCGUCCCGCCUCCCGGAGCUCGCCCCAUUAUCGUGCGAAGCAGACGGUGGAUCGAGCCGUCGGUCCGCUCCUCCAGGGCACGGCGAGCGCCAUUCCUGACCUUCGCUUCUCACGCCGCCUCUCCGAGUCCGAGAUGCUUUACGGCUAGAGCUCUCGGUACCUCCCGUCGUUCGCCUCCGUGCUUCCUGCGUUUUCGGAGAGGGAAGGACGCUUAUUUCGGGGGUGGCGUUCGAGGUCCGGAGAGAGCCGAAGCCCGCGCUUCGGGACCAUCCCGAUUCCGUCACCUGCGGAAGGACGCACCGAAUGCCUUCUUUAAGCGGUCAGACGAAGUGUCGAAUGACACCCGUUUUCCAGAAAGGUUGCGACCUCGCUUCGGAAGCGGUGGCUCUUGUCGUCGUAGACGCCGUGCGGACGUCUGGAGAGGAAGUUCCCGUCGCGUCUGAAAAGACGACGGCCUCGCGGUUUCCUCGACCCCGGGGCGCCGCGCCUGGGCGCUUCUCGCGUAAGCGGACGCCUCUCCCGUACGCCGAGUCCCGAGUUGCGAGAACGUGCUUGGCGUGGCGAAGCGUAGACCCCGCGGCGCUGGGGUUCGGGCGAAGGGGUCGCCGCCGUGCGGUUUCACGCACCCCCUCUCUCUCCCUCUUCCCGCCGCUCAUCACCUUGAUCUGUUGUCGAACUUGCCGGAAUGUCACCUCCGUGGUCCUUAAUCGCCGAGGGAGCGGAGCUUCUCAACUCACUUCGUCGGUCGCUAUAUGGGCCUUACCUGUCGCGUUGUGUACGAAACGCGAUUAUGGUCCCUUUUUUUGGCGGGGGAGGGGCAGUUAUCACUUCCGGCUAAUAAGGCAAAUAGGUGCAACGAGUUUUCAGUUGAGUCCGCAAUUAAAUAGAUUUCUUUAGAAUUUAACCUCCAAGGCAGGUAGUUGCUGUUGAGUCAGGUCCGAGCAUUAAAUCGCAGCAAAUAUGCGUUUAAAUGUCGUCAUAUGUCGCAGACCCUCACCCCCCCCCCCCUUACACUUGUCAGGGAGGAAGGGGAUUAUCCUGAGUGGUGUGGAGAGGAAAUGAAGGUGACGAUAAGCACACAGGUACAGUCUAAUCGAAUGAAACAUCUGCUGCGUCAUUGUGUCUUUUUUUUUUUUUUUUUUCCUUUGUUUUUAAGAUAUGUAAACUUUUCUU